AUGAUUGGGUUAAAGUUGCGUGGUGUGGAAAGAAACGUUCCUACCCAAUAUCGGGCCCUUGUGUUAAAAUUUGCAGACAUCGGCCGCGCCGCUAGUAAACACUCUUUGAAAAUUAACAACUUAACGUCGAAGAAAAGUAAAGACCCAAACAAGCAGGGCACCCGAGUCGAUGAGAAAAGUUCGCUGAAGUUUGUCCAACGGAUUUUCGGCAAGUGUAAAGGGAGCAAUCCCCUGGCGUUAAAGGAAAUUUCAAAAAGUUGUGGGCGAGAGUCCCCCGUGGCGCGCCCAGCUAAAAUGAACCACACGCCUGCCCCGGACAGGCAGCAGCACGAGUCCAAUGUCAAUCAGGUAGAGGAGAUGGAGACUCAAGAUGUGGAGACCGUAGACACUGUUACUGAGAAGACUUGGGACGACGAUCUUAUGAAAGGUCCUAACGGUGAGGUAGUCAUGGGAGAGGUCAUGAAGAAUCAGGAGACCACAUCUUCUGAUAUGCCACUAGCCUGUCUGGACACCGAAAUGGAAGACGACGAGGCGCGAUCAGAGGCUACCUUCCGUUUCACAGUACAGAACUUCAGGGGUCUCAAAGAUUCUGUAUUAUCACCACCAUGUUAUGUGAGAAAUCUUCCAUGGAAGAUAAUGGUGAUGCCCAGACAAGCCCCUUCCCCCGAUCGUCAGCAACAGAAGUCUUUGGGUUUCUUUCUCCAAUGCAAUGGUGAGAGUGAGUCUUCGAGCUGGUCCUGUUAUGCUAUGGCUGAGUUAAGACUUAUCUCCCACAAGGCAGAUGCUGAGCCUUUCUUCAGGAAGAUUCAGCAUUUGUUUUACAGCAAAGAGAACGAUUGGGGUUUUUCUCAUUUCAUGUCUUGGAAUGACGUGUUGGACCCAGAGAAGGGGUACAUAAAAGACGAUGCAAUUACUUUAGAAGUACAUGUAACAGCCGAGGCGCCUCACGGCGUCUCGUGGGAUUCUAAGAAACACACUGGAUAUGUUGGUUUAAAGAAUCAAGGUGCCACUUGUUACAUGAACUCCUUGCUACAAACACUCUAUUUUACGAAUCAACUACGUAAGGCUGUCUAUAAGAUGCCGACAGAAUCUGACGACAGUACUAGGUCUGUUGCAUUGGCACUUCAAAGAGUUUUCUAUGAGUUACAAUUCUCAGAUAAACCAGUUGGCACAAAAAAGCUUACUAAGAGUUUCGGCUGGGAAACACUGGAUUCCUUUAUGCAACAUGAUGUGCAGGAGUUUCUUAGGGUAUUAUUGGAUAAACUGGAGAGUAAAAUGAAAGGAACAUGCGUUGAGGGCACAGUGCCGCGCUUGUUUGAAGGAAAAAUGACUUCAUACAUCAAGUGCAAGAAUGUAAAUGUAUCCAGCACAAGAGUGGAGACCUUCUAUGAUAUUCAGCUUAAUAUCAAAGGAAAGAAAAACAUUGACGAAUCAUUCAAAGAUUAUAUAAGCACAGAAACAUUAGAUGGUGAGAACAAGUACGACGCUGGGGAGCAUGGUCUGCAGGAAGCUGAGAAAGGCGUCAUUUUCGCCUCAUUCCCGCCAGUGCUGCAUUUACAUCUUAUGAGAUUUCAAUAUGACCCCAUCACUGAUAGUUCUGUCAAGUUUAAUGAUAGGUUUGAAUUCUAUGAGCACAUCAACUUAGAUGCAUAUCUGCAAGAAAAACCAGAGACUCCAGCAGACUACACACUACAUGCAGUGUUAGUACAUUCAGGUGAUAAUCAUGGAGGACAUUAUGUGGUGUUUAUCAACCCUAAAGGCGAUGGAAAGUGGUGCAAGUUCGAUGACGAUGUAGUGUCCCGCUGCACUAAGCAAGAGGCCAUCGAGUACAACUAUGGUGGACACGACGAGGACAUGGCGUUGACUGUCCGUCACUGCACCAACGCUUACAUGUUGGUCUAUAUUAGGGACUCACAGUUGAAGACUGUCUUACAAGAAGUAACACAAGCUGAUAUACCCACAGAAUUGAGCGAGAGGCUUGCUGAGGAAAAAAGAAUCGAGACCAUCCGUCGCAAAGAACGCAACGAAGCCCAUCUUUAUAUGAACGUAAACGUGGUCUUAGAAGAGGCGUUCGACGGGCACCAGGGCAACGACCUGUACGAUCCUGAGCGCGCGCACUACCGCGUGUUCCGCGUGCGCAAGCAGGCCACCGUCGCAGAACUCAUGGAGAUGUUGGCCGAGAAUUUCAAGUACCCUCUGAAACAGCUCAGACCGUGGCCUUUUAGCGCGCGCUCUAAUCAGACAUGCAGACCAACCUGCUUAGACAUCAUCAACGAUCAACACAAGACUGUGGCCGACGUAUCUGAGAAUAUGAACCCUUGGAAUAUAUUCCUUGAGAUGUUGCCCCCGGACUCGGGCUUCAGUGCUCUACCUACAUUCGAUAAGGAAAACGAUGUUGUAUUGUUCUUCAAGUUCUACGACCCAAAGCAAAAGCGCAUUCACUAUUGUGGACAUCAUUACCUUCCUAUUGCGAGCAAACCUGCGGAUCUUAUACCCAUACUGAAUAAGCGCGCAGGUUUCCCGCCAGACACUGCUCUUGUAUUGUAUGAAGAAAUUAAACCCGAUUUUGUGGAGAAAAUCAGCAACUACAACGAGCCUCUAGAAAAGGUAUUGGACGAGCUGAUGGACGGCGACAUCAUCGUGUUCGAGCGCGCUGACCAUCGACACGAGGACCUCGAGCUGCCCACUUGCCAGGACUACUUCAAGUAUAUCUUCUACAAGGUUGAAGUGCAGUUUGUCGAUAAAACUGUACCUAAUGAUCCAGGGUUUACAAUGGAGCUAUCGAUGCAGAUGCGCUACGAUCAAAUGGCGCGAGCAGUUGGACAAAGGCUCAACGUGGACCCCUACUUAAUACAGUUCUUCAAGUGUCAAAAUUACAAGGAUACUCCUGGUCUGCCUUUAAGAUACUCAUAUGACGGAAUACUUAAAGAUUUACUAGUGUACUGUAAACCAAAGUGCCCUAAGAAAUUAUUCUACCAGAUAUUAUCUAUUAAAGUUAAUGAAUUGGAUAACAAGAAACAGUUUAAAUGUUUAUGGGUUGGACCAAAUUAUAAAGAAGAUAAAGAAUUAAUUUUGUAUCCAAAUAAGGGAGGCAAGGUAGCAGAUAUUUUACAAGAGGCAGCGAAAGUCGUCGAAAUGUCGCCUGACGGAUCCGGAACGUUAAGGAUCGUAGAGGUGUCAUGUCACAAAGUAUUACCAGGGCCCGACCCUGAACUGACGCUAGACCAGGUGACCAUCUCACCUCCUAGACUAUACAGAAUAGAGGAGAUACCUAAAGAUGAAAUUAAUAUGGCGGAUGACGAAAUUACUGUACCUUGUGCGCAUUUCCACAAGCAAGUGUACGCGACGUUCGGUAUACCCUUUUAUACGCGCGUCAAACACAACGAACCUUUCCAGGCUGUCAAGGACCGCCUUCAAAAGAAGCUUGAUAUACCAGAUAAGGAGUGGGAAAAGUACAAUUUUGCUAUAGUGACAAAUGGCAGACCUAAUUACAUAAGUGAAGGAGCGACAGUUAAUAUUUAUGAUUUCAGGUCAAGUAGUAAUGCAAACGCGACGGCCCGACCGUGGCUCGGGCUGGAGCACAUCAAUAAGACUCCCAAACGAUCCCGUGUCAACUAUCUAGAGAAGGCCAUCAAAAUAUACAACUGA